AAGAGCCCUUUUCACUCUGCUUCUUCUUCUUCUUCUUCUUCUUCUUCUUCUUCUUCAGGACAACACAAGUUGUGUUCUCCUCGGCUCAUGAAACUCUUACAGGUUUAGCUGUGAGGAACUAAUUUAUUGGAGAGGAUAUGAGAUCCAGAUCAUGCAUAACUGAACACUAGUUCGUAAAAACCGAAAGAUUCCCAACUGUUACUGUUCGUGUAUAUUCUUGAACUUCAAUGGAGAAGCUUCUGAAACCAUAUGACAGGGAAUACAUGAGAUUGGCCAUGAUAAAACAUGAAGAGACAUUCAAGGAGCAGGUAUGUGAACUUCAUCGUCUAUAUCGUAUCCAGAAGAUGUUAAUGAAAAACAAUGGAAGCAGCAGGCCAAAUGGACGGAGUCAAGAACUAUGGAAUUUGAGGAAUGAACUUAUUUACAUUCAGGCUAGUCAUCAUCAUCGUGAAGCACAACAGUACUACAAGCCACAAAGGAAACUUGAUCUGGAAAGGCCUGCUGAGGAUUACAUUGCAGAGUCAGAUGGCAAUGGAGCUGUAGAGAUUAUAGAGGAGAGUGAGAUUGAGCUGACUCUGGGCCCAUCAAGUUUCAAUCGAAGAAAGAAACCCGAGACUCCCCUAACCUCAGAUUCCGGACCAAGCUUCUCUUCUUCCUCUACCGGAUCAAGUCGGAUAAAUAGGACUAGUACAUGGACCCAUCAAAUGACUAGAGACGAAUUCAAUGUCCAUGAACUGGGGCUCGUCCAGAUGCCUUCAGACAUGACAUCGGGGUCCCAUAGUAGAAGCAAAAACAAUAUUGAUGUUGAAGAACAGUUAAGACAGGAGAUCGAGAGACGAAAUCAGCCUCCUUGGCUUUUUCAAGUCUUGAGUUUGAACAUCGCCUGACAUGAAAAAAUCAUCCAAGUGUAGGUGAUAUGUUAUGAAUUUCAUUAUAGUCGGCUAAUCCAAUGACUAAUGUUUGCGUGUAGUUGUCUGCUUAGUUUUCAGUAUAAUGGGUGAUGGGGUCUGGUGUAAAGUAA